AUGACAUCCUCCGCCUCGAAACGCCUCUUCAAAGAAUACAAAUCCCUGUCUUCGGACCCGCCAGAAGGCAUAACCGCCGGCCCCGUCAGCGAAGACGACAUGUUCAUCUGGGAGGCGCUGAUCCAAGGGCCCGAGGACACGCCGUUCGAGGGCGGUAUCUUCCCUGCAGAGCUGAAGUUUCCAAAGGACUACCCGCUUGCGCCGCCCAAGAUGAAGUUCGUCACCGACAUGUGGCAUCCGAAUGUGUACACGAACGGCGAAGUCUGCAUAUCGAUUCUGCAUCCGCCCGGCGACGAUCCACUGCACUACGAACAGGCGUCUGAGCGCUGGUCGCCGAUCCAAAGCGUUGAGAAGAUACUGAUCAGUGUCAUGAGUAUGCUGGCUGAGCCGAACGAUGAGAGUCCGGCGAACGUGGAUGCGGCAAGGAUGUGGAGGGAGAGGAGGGCCGAGUAUGAGAAGAUUGUGAGGGGCAACGUGAGGAAGAGUCUGGGGCUUUGA